AUGGUUGUCGAGAUUUUGUAUAGACAUAGUAUUGAUUUGAGAAAAGAUGACCGACAAGGCCAACCAGAUAUCGACUCAAUAAAGCAGAAAGAGGAUGAGGAAUGGAUAGAUAGAGCUAGAAAAGGAUUUUCCGACUUAGUCAAGGACGUACGAGCUAAGAAGAAAGAAAUCGACGAAAAGAAAGCAAAAGAAGCAGAUGCUGCGGAGACAACAAAAAGUACAAACCCAACUGCCGCCUGGGGAAAAAUACCAAAAUAUAAAAGGACAGGAACUAACCCAUUCGCAGUUGAAUCUUCUUCUGAUGAAGAAGACAUAAAAGAAGGUAAAAAGCGUGUUAUAGGAAAGCAAGGGGAUAGGAGUAAAGCGGAAGAGGAAGAGAGUGACGAAGAAGGGUGGACAGUAAGUAUUAACAAAAAAGGGGAGGUAAAUUCGGAAGUCAUAGAAGAGGUAGAGGAGGCACAGUUUCACUGUAUUAUUAGGGUAGUAGAUAGUUGUGUAGUAGUUCAAGGGCGUCGUGUGGUAGGCCGAAGCGCUUGGUAUGGAGAGAUUGAUGAUGCUUGA